AUGACUUCGCUGGCGCGCACCACUGCUUCGGCUCGAAACUCGGUUGUCUCCCGCUUCCAUUUUGCCGCGUUUUCUUCUCCGUCCUCGCCCUCUUCCUCCCUCGCGUCCCUCAAGCGAGCCACUCAGAGCAGGAGGCGCUCUCCAGGCCACGGCGACAACCUCGUUUCCGAUCGCAGCCUGUGGGCACGUACGCUGCCUGCGUCGCCGGCGCUGAGUCCCGAGCCUGUCUCCGCCCUUUCCCGCUCCAGGAGGCUUUUCCACGGCGCUCAGCGCGCGCUCUCCUCUUUUGUGCCUCCAUUUCCUGGAGCCCAGGAACGCUUGGAAAGCGGCUUCCAAAAUCACUCGCCGCUGACUCCAGUUCUCUCGCUCGAGAGGCCUCCCUCAGACGCACGAAGUCUUCAAUCCCACGCUGUGGCUAUGGCGGCUCCUUCCGCAAUGACGUUCGAGGCACUGCCUGAGCGCCCCGACUUCCCCAAAGAAGAGGAAAAGAUCCUCGAAGAAUGGAGAGCGAAAAAGACCUUCCAGCGCUCGCUCGAGAUGUCGAAAGGAAAGCCGGUCUUCACCUUCUACGAUGGACCCCCCUUCGCCACCGGCCUGCCUCACUACGGGCACAUCCUUGCAGGGACGAUUAAGGAUGUAGUGACGCGGUAUGCGCACCAGACGGGUCACCACGUCGACCGGCGCUUCGGCUGGGAUUGCCACGGCCUGCCGGUGGAGUUCGAAAUCGACAAGAGCCUGGGCAUCACAAGUCGUCACGAAAUCAUCGAGAUGGGAAUCGAUAAAUACAACGAGAAAUGCAGGUCCAUCGUCAUGCGCUACGCGAACGAGUGGCGCAGUGUCGUCGAGCGCAUGGGGCGUUGGAUUGACUUCGACAACGACUACAAGACACUGGACACGAACUUCAUGGAGACCGUCUGGUGGGUGUUCAAGCAGCUCUUCGACAAAGGCUACGUGUACCGCGCGAACAAAAUCAUGCCCUUCUCUACCGCCUGCAGCACGCCGCUCUCCAACUUCGAGGCCAACCAGAACUACAAAGACGUCAAGGAUCCCUCCAUCGUCGUCGCAUUCACCUGCGUCGAGGACAACAGCGCCGGCGUGCCGGUCGACUUCCUCGCCUGGACGACGACGCCGUGGACGCUUCCUUCCAACUUGGCGCUCUGCGUCAACCCCGAGCUGACGUAUCUGCAGCUCCGCCACAAAGCCUCCAACAGAGACUGGGUCCUCUGCGAGUCGCGCGUGGACUGGCUGCUGAAGCAGAUGAAAUUGGACCUUGAGAAGGACUUUGAAGUUGUCGACCGCUUCCCGGGCGCUGCCUUGAAGGGGAAGAAGUACAGGCCUUUGUUUGAAUUCUUCAACGCCGAGCCGCGCGACGGCAAGAAGAUCAUCACUUUCCGCGGCACUGGAUUCCGCAUUCUCGCAGACAACUACGUGUCCGACGACUCAGGAACGGGUAUUGUGCACUGCGCGCCCGCAUUCGGCGAGGACGAUUUCCGCGUGUGCAUGGAGCAGGGCGUGAUUGCGCAGGGGGGACCGCUGGCGUGUCCAGUCGACGACAACGGCCUGAUGACGGCGGAGGUGGGCGAGGAACUCGCAGGCCUGUACAUCAAGGAGGCAGACAAAGUGGUGAAGAAGCUGCUCAAAGCGGACGGAAGGCUGUUGGUGAACGCGGACUGCGUUCACUCGUAUCCGCACUGCUGGCGCAGCGAGACGCCGCUGAUUUACCGCGCAGUCCCUUCCUGGUUCGUCCGCGUGGAGCCGCUGCGCGAGCGCCUCGUGAGAGCGAACGAAGAGACCUACUGGGUGCCUGCAUUCGUGAAGGAAAAGCGCUUCAAAAACUGGCUCGCGGACGCCCGCGACUGGUGCGUCUCUCGCAACCGCUUCUGGGGCACGCCCAUCCCCCUGUGGACGAACGAAGACUUCUCUCAAAUCGUCUGCAUCGGAAGCCUCGAAGAACUUCAGAAGUACACCGACAAGGAGCUGACCGACAUCCACAGACACUUCAUUGACGACAUCGUCAUCCCCGAUCCCCGCGGCGACGCCUACCCUCCUCUGAAGCGCGUUCCUGAGGUGUUUGACUGCUGGUUUGAGAGUGGCUCGAUGCCAUACGGACAGAUCCACUACCCCUUCGAAAACAACGAAGUGUUUGAAAAAGGUUUUCCUGCCGACUUCAUCGCGGAAGGUCUAGAUCAGACCCGCGGCUGGUUUUACACGCUCAUGGUGAUCAGCACGGCGCUCUACGAUAAGCCGCCCUUCAAGAACCUGAUCGUGAACGGCCUGGUGCUGGCUGCGGACGGGCGCAAGAUGAGCAAGCGCCUGCGGAACUACCCUGAUCCGAUGGAAGUCGUUCACGCGCACGGGGCGGACGCGCUGCGGCUUUACCUCGUGAACUCGCCGGUAGUCAAGGCGGAGACGCUGCGCUUCCGGACGGAGGGCGUGAAGGACGUCGUGAAGGACGUGCUGCUCCCAUGGUUCCACGCGUGCAGGUUUUUUGUGCAAGAGGCAAUCCGCUUCGAGACGUCUGGCGCGCACAAGUUCCAACCCUGCAAGCCCUCCGCGCUGAAGGCCAAGGGCAACAGCAUGGAUCGCUGGAUUCUCUCGUCGACUCAAAGUCUCGUCAAGUUCGUUCAUCAAGAAAUGCAAGCCUACCGUCUCUACACGGUGAUUCCGAGACUUCUGCAUUUCCUUGAUCAACUGACCAACUGGUACGUGAGGCUGAACCGCGACCGCAUGCGAGGGGCGAUGGGCGACGACGAGGCCGCGACGUCUCUCCAAACUCUGUUCGACGUUCUCUUGACAACUGUGCUGUGCAUGGCUCCGCUGACGCCUUUCAUGUCGGAGCUGCUGUAUCAAACGCUCAAGCGCGCGCUGCCGGCGGCUCACCCGCUGCUGGCGGAAAGCGUUCACUUCUUGAUGCUCCCCGCAGUCGCCGAGGACGUCUUGGACAGCACGAUCGAGCGGCAGAUGGGACGCAUGCAGACGGUCAUCAACCUGGGACGCGCCAUGCGCGAGCGUCAGCGCGUGCCGGUCAAGACGCCAGUUCGCUGCCUCACCGUGCUGCACGCCGACUCCGAGUACAUCUCCGACAUCCAAGAACUUGAAGCCUACGUGAAGGAGGAGCUGAACCUGAUUGAGCUCGAAGUGAGCAACGACAAGAGCGGCGUGGUGCUGUCGGCUGCGCCGAACUUCAAGCGCCUCGGCGCUCGCGUCGGCAAGGAUAUGCGCGCGAUUCAGCAGGCCGUCCAGAAUCUAUCGCACGCAGACUUGGAGAAGUUUGAGCAGACGGGCACCCUCCGGCUGCUGGACGGCAAGCACGAGCUAGGCCCCGAGGACCUUACGCUGCAGCGAACGCUCAAAAAGAGCGAAGAAAACCCCCAUCUCGUCGUGGAGGGCGACAACUCCGUCAUGGUCUUCAUGGACUUCACGCCUGACGACUCGCUGCAGCGAAAGGCCGUGGCUCGCGAGGUAGCGAACCGCGUGCAGAAGCUCAGGAAGGAGCACAACUUGAGUCAGACGGACCGCGUGGAGAUGCACGCGUUUAGCGUCGACGCGGAUUUCCAUUCUCUGUUGAAGGAGGAGUCGGCGUACAUCGCCAAAUGUCUGCGCCGCGACCUGCAUCUGCUGGAGGGCUCGCCGCAAGCGAAUGGCGACGGCACGAUGCUCUGCCACGAAGAGAUGGAAGUCUCUGGAAAGCCGCUCACGGUCGUCUUCGUUCGAAACUAA